UUAGGAGAUAAUUACACUUCUGGCAGUACAUUUCAAACUAAUCUCAAUCUUCUUCUUCCUUCACUAUCCUCUGCCAACAAUUCAAUUACCAUAAAAAAACGGAUACUCUAACGCUACUGUUGGCCAGACAUCAGAUACUGUUUACAGGUCAUUUCAGUGUAGAUGUGAUGUUUCAUUAGAAGAAUGCCAAGGUUGUGUUAGAAUCGGUGUUGAAGAGAUAGUAAAUUAUAGGUGUCCAAUUUCUAAACAAGCAAUUAUCUGGUAUGAUACAUGUAUGCUGAGGUAUUCAAAUGAGUAUUACUUUAAUAUAAUGCAAGACGAACAACAAUUUUAUUUAUCGAAUGUUAAUACUGUUUCUGAUCCAGACAAGUUUACACAAGCUGUAAGUGAUUCUUUGAAACGUUUAGCAGGAGAAUUAAUUGUGUUUAAUGAUGAUUCUACUUCUAUCAAAUUUGCUACUGGAGAUUUAAAUAUUAACCAAUCCACAAAAGUAUAUGGAAUCGUACAGUGUAAGGACGAUAUAAUAAGUUUAAGUAGUUGCAAUAGAUGUCUUCUGGGAGCUAUAGAUGAUCAGUUACCAAAUUGUUGUGAUGGAAAAGAAGGUGGAAGAGUUCUUAGACCUAGCUGUAAUUUUAGAUAUGAAUCAGCUCUUUUCUAUAAUUCUACAGUUACUGCUUCACCACCUCCUCUUGUAUCACCACCACCGUCAACGAUUACAAAUACACCCAACUCAAAUGGGAAUUAUUACUCAUCCAAACUUACUAUCAGUAUAGCUGUUCCAUCGGCUAUCGCUGGACUUUUCGCCAUUGCCUUUUGUUUUUUUUGUUUCCGGAGGAAGAAAACAAAGAGAAAUAAGCACAACUAUGUGGACAAUGAGAUUCCAAGUACAGAAUCUUUACAGUUCAACUUCAGUACAAUAAUUGCUGCAACAGACAAUUUCACUGAAGCAAACAAACCGGGAGAAGGCGGAUUUGGCUCUGUUUACAAGGGGGACACUUCCAGACGGGCGAGAAAUAGCCGUGAAGAGGCUGUCGAAAUAUUCUGGUCAAGGUGACCAAGAGUUCAAGAAUGAAGUUUCAUUAGUAGCUAAACUUCAACACAGAAAUCUUGUGCAGCUUGUUGGUUUCAGCUUAGCUGGUGAAGAAAAACUACUCAUCUAUGAAUUCAUGCCAAAUGCAAGCCUUGACCAAUUUUUAUUCGAUCCGAUUAAAUGCACACAACUGGAUUGGAAAAGAAGCUACAGGAUAAUAGGAGGGAUAGCAAGAGGACUUGUCUAUCUCCAUGAGGAGUCUCGACUUAAAAUCAUCCAUCGGGAUCUCAAAGCUAGCAAUAUAUUAUUAGACAUGGACAUGAAUCCUAAAAUUUCAGAUUUCGGCAUGGCCAAACUCAAGAGCGUACAAGCAAAAUAGCUGGAACGUAUGGCUACAUGGUUCCAGAGUAUAUAAUGCAUGGUCAUUUCUCAGUGAACAGAAGAACUGCAGUUUUCAUCAAUCAGACAUUGUUCAAGACCUUCUAAGCUAUGUCAAUACGCGGUUAUAUUCGUCCUGUCAAUCAUGUUGUUCCACUCUCAGAUUUGGGUGAACGGAGUGACGUUCACCUUCAUGCGCAUAUCGAUCAUCCCUUUGAUGUCGCUCCAUGCGAUGAUCAUCGCGCUCUCCCUGCAUGUUAUCGCCCACGUGAAUGUGGUCCACAAAGUUUGAUCGGCUUCGCCUUGAUGUACUUCUACUAGUUCUCGAUCUUGAAGUCAUACGUGUCGCCCUGGAUGCGGUUCCGGAUCUAUGUUCUUGCAUUAUGAUAAUUUCUUCUCUUAAUUCAUCAUUUUGACGCGUCAAAUUCGCUCUCGCUUCUUAUCGUCUUCUUCUUUCAUCCGCCAUUCUCGGUCUACGUUCCGCUAUUGUCAUAUUCUCUUUACUGUCUACAAUUCGCCCUUCUACAUGCAUUUCUUCUUCAUUUUCUUCUGUUGUAUCCGUAUCUGUAGUGUGUACACUUAUUGCCUCAUAAUCAAUGUUGUUGUUCU